AUGAGCUUCCCAACAAUUGCACUAACAUCCUACUUAAUCAGCAUACUAUCCCUUAUUGUCCCCCUUCUGAAUCCUAACUCAACAGAUUUUCACUCAAAGACAAAAACCGCCAUUAAAACAGCCUUCCUCGUCUCAUUAAUCCCUGCCAUCUUAAUAAUUAAUGAAAACUCCCAACCUGCCGCAAUUUCAUGAAAAUGAUUUAAUAUUUUAAUAACCCCAUUCAACCUGACCAUUCAACUUGAUCAAUACUCUAUCCUCUUCAUUCCAAUUGCCCUAAUAGUCUCAUGGAGCAUUAUUGAAUAUUCCCUCUGAUACAUGCAUAAUGAUAUUAAGACCCAACUCUUUUUUAAAUAUCUUCUUAUCUUCUUACUAGCAAUAAUACUUUUAGUAUCAGCUGGGAACUUGCUAAUGCUAUUUAUUGGAUGGGAGGGGGUCGGAAUUAUGUCUUACCUCCUCAUCGGCUGAUACUUCACGCGAAGCAAUGCUGGUGCAGCCGCACUUCAGGCGGUCCUUUAUAAUCGAAUUGGGGAUAUCGGAUUUCUAUUUGCCAUAUUCUGACUAAUCUCCUCCUACGAUUCUAUUGACCUAAACUUUAUCUUUUCAAUGGAAAGCCCCACCCCCCUUCUUCUAGCCUUCAUUAUUGCAGCCGCCAGCAAAUCAGCUCAAUUUGGCCUCCACCCCUGACUUGCUUCCGCUAUAGAAGGUCCCACCCCAGUAUCUGCCCUACUACACUCCAGCACAAUAGUUGUUGCCGGAGUAUUUCUUCUCAUUCGCAUCCACCCCUUAAUUAAAGAUAAUCAAACUGCCCUAACCACCUGCCUAUGCUUAGGGGCCAUUUCAACUGUAUUUGCAGCCACAUGUGCCCUGACCCAAAAUGACAUCAAAAAGAUUAUUGCCUACUCAACAUCAAGUCAACUUGGUCUAAUAGUGGUAGCAAUUGGCCUAAACAUGCCUCACCUAGCGUUUUUCCACAUCUGCACCCACGCCUUUUUUAAAGCAAUACUAUUCUUAUGCUCAGGAUCCAUCAUCCACAGCCUAAAUGAUGAACAGGAUAUUCGAAAAAUGGGGGGCUUACAAAAAACCCUACCAUUUACAACCAUAUGUAUAACAAUCGGUAGCCUAGCCCUUAUGGGAACCCCCUACCUCGCAGGCUUUUUCUCAAAAGACGCAAUUAUUGAAGCAAUCAACACCUCCAACGUAAAUGCAUGAGCCCUUACACUGACUAUUAUCGCCACCUCGUUCACAGCUGUGUACAGCUUACGGGUGAUCUUCUUUGCAUCUUUAGACCACCCUCGAUUCCCCCCUACCUCCUCUAUCAACGAAAACAACCCCACUAUAAUUAAUCCAAUCAAACGUCUUGCCAUUGGCAGCAUUAUUGCUGGCUUUCUGCUAAAUCAAGUGAUCAUCCCAUCCUCACCAAUAACUAUAACAAUACCAACCUACCUUAAAAUUACUGCAAUCGCAGUGACUAUCCUAGGCUUCCUCAUUGCCCUAGACUUAGCCAACAUCUCCUGAACAAAAUCACCUAAACAAACUAACACAUCCAAGACAAUCAACACCUCCUUCUACCCUACCACUAUUCAUCGGCUCCUCCCCUCCUACGCCAUAGACAUAAGCCUGCGCAUCUCAUCUCACUUGAUCGAUACCCUCUGACUAGAAAAAAUUGGACCAAAAGGCCUAGCAGAACUCCAACUGCCCCCAAUUAUAAAAAAUCAAGAAAUCCAACGGGGACAAAUUAAAACUUACCUCACCAUCUUUAUCUUCACCGCUAUUUUAUGCUUAAUUGUCU